UUCCCCCUCCCCCGCCCCGCCGCUCGUUUCACAAAAUGGCCGCCCGGCGAGGCCACGGCGAGCGACGCCGAGGCGACAAAAUGGCGCCGGGCGGGCAGCGGGGGGAAGGACGGACGAUGGGCGGCUGCGGGGGCCGGGGCGGCGAGCGUGGGCUUCAGCCGUGCCAGGAGCGCGGUGGAGGGGCUCCUCCUGAUGUGCGUAUCCCCUCCAGGCAGGCGGCGAAAGCGCUGCGGGUGAAACCUGACCUUCCCCCAUCCCCCUCCCCUUCUUCUCCUCGCCGCCUUUGCAGAAGGAUGCGAAAAUGCCCAGAAAUGCGCAUUUCCACUCGGCCAUGGGGGUGGCGGAGGCCUCGGCCUCCCCCCCCCCCGCCCCAGGCGCCAUCGCCGCCUCAGCCUCCCCCCCCCGGCAACAUCGUCCCCUCGUUCCCCUCACGGCACAGCUCGCCGGCACCGACCCCUGAAAUGUUUGGGUUUUUUUUCCACAUAGCGUGAAGAUUUUUGGCCCAGAAUUGCUCUUUCCACACGCACCCCAAGGUGGGUAGUUUUAUGCCUAAUUCUUUCUCUUCCACCGCUUUUCUCCUUCGCAGGGGUUGAAACCACCACCUCCCACUCUCCUCACGGCAUGGAAAAUACCUAAAUGCACUAAAAAAAAAAACCAAACCACCAGAAAACCUAAAACACCUGAGGAUUGAUUUAUCUUCUGAGCCGGAGUGGCGUGGGGAAGAAGCCAUUGCUGCUUGCCUUGCUCCCCACAACGACCUGCCCGCCAUUCGGUUAAUUAAAAGCAUAACUUGGUGUGAUCAGACGUGGUAAUACCAUAAAAAAAAAAAAAUACCCUGUAACAUCCAAACGCUCGUUGUUGGAGGCUGCAGCCAAGCUUGUCUGCUUAUUCCAGAAGUUUCUACGGGGGAGGGGAGCACCCACUGCGGAGCCUUUGCCGCAGCGCCGGGCAGGCGUGGCGCCUGCCGCCGGGGGAGGAGGAGGAUGCAAAGGAUGCACCACCUCUGCCUGCUUUCCCUACCCGGCUGGCAGCCUUUUUCCAAGCCUCUCCCCCUUGCUAGAUUUCCCCAUCCUUGAAAAGGGUGCUAGGAGGUGUUUGCAAGGGGGGUUCUGGGGGUUUUUGUUUUUUUUUUUUGUUGUUUUUUUAAUCUUCUUUUUCCUCCCCCUUUGCUAAAUAAAUUAAAAGCAGAGAUGUCUCCUGAUGGAAAUGGAUGAGGCUGGGCUCGCAGCAAUGGGGUUACUCGCUUGCUUGCUCGCACGCACUGCCGCAGCCUUGAUCUGGCAUAGCGAGGGCACCGAUGGCAGAAGUGACCUUUCCCAGGCAGUGGGAGGGAGGCUCCCCCCCCCCCCCCCCCCCAACAUGAUCCUGCUUGGAAUUCAUUUUAAAUAGCAGGGGAAAUACAGGAUUGUUUGUGUCACCCCUCUUCACAGCAGAUACCUUCUUUUGCUGGUAUCUCUGCAUUGGCGGGUGUGGAAACAUAAAGACUGUAACAACCGUAAGCAAGGACAAACGAGCUGUCUGCCGGGGUCACUUCCAACUCCACAGAAGAAACCCUGGUCACACGUGACUUCAAGGCGCAGAGUCCUGGCAAUCAUUAGUGCGCAAGGAGUGUUACGUAUUGGUGACUUCUCGUUAGCUUCCCUUAAUGAGAAUAUUGGCAUCGGUGUUGCAUAAAUGCCUCUGGCUGACCAGCGGAGAGGCCCUGCCCUCCUAAGCUGGAGCAGCACCUUAUGAGAAAUGCAGUGAUUUCAGUGCCGGUGAGGCAGUCUGGUUGCUGCUGUGAUUUGUAGCACACCUAUGACUUUAUGCUUUUCUGGCAAAAAUUUAGCAGAGGGUAAGUAUGAGGUGUCUGGGCCAGGUUUCAUACCGUGCUCCCUGUGGUGGAGAGCUGGGGAAAGUUGGUGUGUGGUGUAUGUGAAAAUUGUCAAUAGCUGCUGUGCCUAAAGCCUCUUCUAUACUUGAAAUAAACCAGCGUGGACAGGGAUAUUAAUUUUAUUCUCUCAUUAGGGAUGUGUUGGUUUGGAGAUAUGCCUCGUGCUCAUCACUGGCAUGGAGGUACGGUGGACCAAGAAGCUGGCUGUUCGGGAUGUUUCCACAUUUUUCAGCCUGGAAGACCGAAGUCCUCUCUGUCUAGCUGAUGAAAUGCCCCAUGUUUGGGAAAAACCCUUGCGAGAUAUGGACGUGUUGAAAGCGUCAAAAUACUCCCUAAGAGGGGGUCGGAAGGUGGAGUGGCAGCGUUUGUGGAUUUUGUGGACAUCAAAAGUGCGCAGAAGGCACACAACUCUGUCAACAAAAUGGGAGAUAGAGACCUACGGACGGAUUAUAAUGAACCAGGAACCAUUCCCAGUGCUGCUCGGGGAUUGGAUGAUACAGUUUCCAUAGCAUCUCGUAGUAGAGAGGUUUCUGGGUUCAGAGGAGGUGGUGGGGGGCCCACUUACGGCCCCCCACCAUCGCUUCAUGCACGGGAAGGACGUUAUGAGCGGAGACUUGAUGGGGCUUCAGAUAACAGGGAGCGUGCUUAUGAACAUAGUGCCUAUGGACACCAUGAGCGGGGGACGGGAGGAUUUGAUCGGACGAGACAUUACGAUCAGGAUUACUAUAGAGAUCCUCGAGAGCGGACUUUACAACACGGGCUCUAUUAUACUUCUCGGAGUCGAAGUCCAAACCGUUUUGACGCUCACGACCCCCGUUACGAACCUAGGGCCCGGGAGCAGUUUACAUUGCCCAGUGUGGUACACAGGGAUAUCUACAGGGAUGAUAUUACACGGGAGGUACGAGGCAGAAGGCCAGAGAGGAAUUACCAGCACAGCAGGAGUCGGUCGCCACAUUCGUCCCAGUCCAGGACCCAGUCCCCGCAGAGGCUGGCCAGCCAGGCGUCCAGACCCACCCGCUCCCCCAGCGGCAGCGGAUCCAGGAGCAGAUCUUCCAGCAGCGACUCCAUCAGCAGCAGCAGCAGUACCAGCAGCGACAGCAGUGACUCCAGCAGCAGCUCAAGCGAUGAGUCCCCAGCACGGUCAGUUCAGUCGACAGCCGUCCCAGCACCCGCAUCCCAGCUGCUUCCAUCUCUGGAGAAAGAUGAACCCCGGAAAAGUUUUGGGAUCAAGGUUCAAAAUCUUCCAGUGCGCUCAACAGAUACAAGCCUUAAAGAUGGACUUUUCCACGAAUUCAAGAAGUACGGAAAGGUGACAUCGGUGCAGAUUCACGGGGCUUCUGAGGAACGGUAUGGACUGGUGUUCUUCCGACAGCAGGAAGACCAGGAAAAAGCACUAAAUGCCUCAAAAGGAAAACUUUUCUUUGGCAUGCAGAUUGAAGUCACAGCCUGGAUAGGACCAGAAACAGAAAGCGAGAACGAAUUUCGUCCUUUGGAUGAAAGGAUAGAUGAGUUUCACCCAAAAGCAACAAGAACUCUCUUCAUCGGCAACCUGGAGAAAACAACCACCUACCAUGACCUUCGCAACAUCUUUCAGCGCUUUGGUGGAAUAGUGGAUAUUGACAUUAAGAAAGUGAAUGGUGUUCCUCAGUAUGCAUUCCUGCAGUACUGUGAUAUUGCAAGUGUGUGUAAAGCAAUUAAGAAGAUGGAUGGGGAAUAUCUUGGAAAUAACCGGCUCAAGCUGGGUUUUGGAAAGAGCAUGCCUACAAACUGCGUGUGGUUAGAUGGUCUUUCUACAAACGUUACGGAUCAGUAUUUAACUCGACAUUUCUGCCGAUACGGGCCUGUGGUAAAGGUGGUGUUUGACCGCUUAAAAGGCAUGGCCCUGGUUCUCUACAAUGAGAUUGAAUAUGCACAAGCAGCUGUAAAAGAGACCAAGGGGAGGAAAAUCGGUGGGAAUAAAAUUAAGGUGGACUUUGCAAAUCGAGAAAGUCAGUUGGCAUUUUAUCAUUCCAUGGAGAAAACGGGUCAAGAUAUCAGAGACUUUUAUGAAAUGCUGGCAGAAAGAAGCAGAGAUGAAAGAAGAGGAUCUUACGAAUAUGCCCCUGAUCGUACUUACUACGAGACUGUUCGGACUCCAGGGACGUAUCCUGAAGAUCCUCGACGAGAAUACCCAGCUCGAGGCAGAGAAUUCUACGCAGAGUGGGAUCCCUACCAAGGAGACUACUAUGACCCACGAUACUACGACGACCCACGCGAGUACAGGGAUUACAGGGGCGAUCCAUAUGAGCAAGACAUAAGGGAGUACAGUUACAGGCAACGGGAGAGAGAGAGGGAGAGGGAACGGUUUGAAUCCGAUCGGGACAGAGACCACGAACGGAGACCGAUAGAACGGAGCCAGAGUCCAACCCACUCCAGGCGUCCGCAGAGCCCUGGAGCGUCUCCCUCCCAAUCGGAAAGGCUGCAGAGCGAUUCAGAGAGGAGGAUUUACAGCAGGUCAUCGGAUCGCAGUGGCAGCUGCAGCUCUCUGUCUCCUCCACGAUAUGACAAGCUCGACAAAGCCCGUGUGGAACGUUAUGCAAAAAAUGAAAAAACAGAGAAAGAGCGUGUUUUCGAGCAGGAGAGAGUUGACAAGGAGAAACGCUUGGUGAGAAAGGAAAAGCCAGAAAAAUCAGAAAAGGAGAAAACCGAUAAGCAAAAACGAAAAGCAAAAAUCCAUUCGCCCAGCUCUCAGUCUUCUGAAACGGAUCAAGAGAAUGAGAGAGAGCCCAGCCCUGAAAAAUUGAAGGGCAAUAGUAAACAAAGUAAAGAGAGAGGUGACAAAGAAGGGACAGCUAAAAACCGCCUGGAACUAAUGCCCUGCGUUGUGUUGACCCGAGUAAAAGAAAAGGAGGGGAAAGUGAUUGAUCAGCCCACUUUGGAGAAACUGAGAGCAAAGCUUGAUAAUGACACUAUGAAGUCCCCACUUCUUGAACAAAAAACGCAGACAUCUCAAGCUGAGCAAACCAAGUCUGAUCAGUCUAAACUGGAACCUGUCAGAACCAAGGUACAAAAAGAGAAAGCCCUUGCUAGUCACGUAGAAGUGGUGGAUAAGGAGGGAAAACUGAAACCCAAAAAGCACUUGAAGACAGAGCAAACUUCUGAGGGGGCCAACGCGGUAGAUUUAGAUAAGUUGGAGGCUCGUAAAAGACGUUUUGCUGAUGCAAAUCUGAAGCCUGACAGGCAAAAACUGGAAGUAAAAAGAAGCGGCCAAGAUGAGGAAGAUGCACGCAUGGUUUUGAAAAAGCAGCUUGAUGCAACGGCUUCAUCUAGAGAAGCAACAAUGUUAAGGGAAGGAGAAUUGGAGAGAAAACCCCUGAGGAAGGAGGUGCUUAAAAGGGAAUCUAAAAAACUCAAACUGGAAAGACUUAUUCCUGUUACUAGUCCCAAAGAAAUUCAGGAGACUCUUAAUGUUGGUGGGAUUUGCAUGCGUCCCACCCUAGAUCUGCAGGCGAGGCUAAUAGAGGCAGCUGAUGAACCAGUGGAAGUUCAGGAACUCUCUUCUAAAAAAUUGAAUCCAGUAAAACCCCAGCAUAAACAGGUACAGCUACUAGAUGACCAAGGAACAGAGAGAGAGGAUGCAAGGAAGAAUUACUCUGGUCUUCCUGAAGACACACCCGACCAUAAACUUGGCCAAGAGAAGCCUCAGUCAACUGAUACAGAGGAGAAAAUUGGCAUUGACAUUGACCACACGCAAAGUUACAGGAAACAAAUGGAACAAAGUCGCAGGCUAAAACAGCAGCUGGAAAUGGAGAUAGCGAAGUCUGAGAAGUUCGGCAGUCCAAAGAAAGAUGUGGAUGAAUAUGAAAGACGGAGCUUGGUCCAUGAGGUGGGAAAACCUCCGCAAGAUGUCACCGAUGACUCUCCACCAAGUAAAAGGAAAAAGACUGACCAGUUUGACUUUGAAAUUAGCACUAAAAGAGAAAGAAACUACAGAAGUUCUCGUCAGGUGAGUGAGGACUCUGAAAGGACAUCUUGUUCCCCUAGUAUCCGACACUUCCCUUUCCAUGAAGAUGACGAUACGCUCGAUUCUCCAAGGCUAAUGCCAUUAAAGGAAACCAAAGAGUCACCUAAAAUAGAAGAAAAGGGUCUUUCGUACUCCAACAUGACUGUGAGGGAGGACUCACUAAAAUUUAAUCCUUAUGAUUCCAGCAGAAGGGAGCAGAUGGCAGAAAUGGCUAAAAUAAAACUAUCUGUAUUGAGUUCUGAAGAUGACUCAAGUAGGUGGGAAACACAAGUGAAGCAGGAGCCUGGCAGAGUUGAUAUCAGCUUUCCAAGCAGCAUCGUCAAAAGAGACAGCAUACGCAAGCGGUCUGUCCGAGACCUGGAACCCGGGGAGGUGCCUUCAGAUUCAGAUGAUGACAGUGAAAACAAGCCCCAUUCCCCAAAAGCCUCAUCCUUGUUAGAGAGUUCCAGGUUGUCUUUUUUAUUAAGGGACAGAGAAGAGAAGUUACGUGAAAGAGAGGAAAGACUGUCAAGUUCCUUAGAAAGAAACAAAUUUUACUCUUUUGCGUUGGACAAGACAAUCACACCAGACACAAAGGCCUUGCUUGAAAGAGCUAAAUCUCUCUCUUCAUCCAGAGAAGAAAACUGGUCCUUUCUAGAUUGGGAUUCAAGAUUUGCUAGUUUUAGAAACAAUAAAGACAAAGAGAAGGUUGACUCGGCUCCAAGACCUAUUCCCUCUUGGUAUAUGAAAAAGAAAAAAAUCAGGACUGAUUCAGAAGGUGGAAAACUGGAUGAUAAGAAAGAAGAUCAUAAAGAGGAGGAACAAGAGAGACAGGAACUGUUUGCUUCUCGGUUUUUGCAUAGUUCAAUCUUUGAACAGGACUCCAAGCGCCUGCAGCAUUUAGAGAGAAAAGAUGAUGAUCUCGACUUCAUUUCUGGUAGAUUGUAUGGGAGACAGUCUUCCUCCGAUGGGACUAACAGCGCGGCUGAUUUGGUGCAAGAACCGGUGGUUCUCUUCCACAGUAGAUUUAUUGAACUGACGCGAAUGCAGCAGAAGGAAAAGGAGAAAGAUCAGAAACCAAAAGAAGUGGAAAAACAGGAAGAUAAAGAAAACCGGCCAAAAACACCAGAAACGGUUCCUGACAGUAAAGAACUGGAACAUAAAACUUCCUCAGUAGUUGGUCCCUCUUCGGUUACCGUCCUACCACAGGAACCAGCACCGGUUGAGAAGGUAGCAAAUGAAAAGUUAGUGGUGGAAACAACUUCUGUAAAAGAAGAAAAACCAUCUGAACCUGCUUCUGCAGCAGAGGAACAAAAACCUUUUCCUGAACUUGCUGCUCCUGUCAAAAUCGAACCACCUGAGCAAACUGAACCCCCGCCAGUUGUAGAAGCUAGUAAAGAGGUUGUUGCUACUACCCUGGCACCAGAGGAAGAUGCUGUGGCAACAGAGCACCCUUCAUACUUGGAUACCAAGCCUCCUACUCCUGGAGCUUCGUUUUCCCAAGCAGACAUCAGUGCAGAUCCAGAACCUGAAGCUGCCCAGCUGAUUCCACCUCCGCCCAAGCUAGUUCAGAAGUCCGAUGAGGCUGCUGAACCUAAAGAAGAAAAUCCUCCGCCUUCUGCCAGCGCUGAUGCUAGUGCAAAUCAAAAGGUGGAGGUGGCUGCUGAGGUCCUGCCGCCCGUUUCUGACAAUGAUAUGGAAGUUGAACCUCCAGUUGUUGUAAAAGAUAAGAAGUCCUACAAGAGUAAACGCUCCAAGACUCCUGUGCAAUCGGCUGCAGCUAACGUGACAGAAAAACCCGUCACGAGGAAGAGCGAAAGAAUUGACCGUGAAAAACUUAAAAGGUCAAGCUCUCCUCGUGGGGAGAUGCAGAAACUUUCCGAAUUGAAAGUGGAAGCGGAGAAGGUUUCGAGGAAUGCUGCUAAAUCCCCUAGUUCUGCUGCAGAGCCAGAAAACGUGGAGCCAAGCUUGCCAAUAGGCCGUACUAGGCGCAGAAACGUAAGGUCAGUCUAUGCUACCACAGGGGACAAUGAAGGCCCAUCUCCAGUGAAGGACUCCAUGGAGGUCACUAGAUCCACCAGGAAGAGAGGGGAGAAGGAACCGCAGGAAACAGUGACAACCGUUCCUACAACCCCGAGGAGGGGAAGACCUCCGAAAACCCGCCGUAAGCCAGAGGAGGACAUCUCUCCAAUAAAGACAGAACCGGUACAGCAAGAGGUGGAGGAGUCUGAAACUAAAGAUGCUGCGGAAGCUCCUAAGCCUGCAGAAGGUUGGAGGUCUCCUAGAUCCCAGAAGCUAACACACAGUCACUCAUCAGCUGCUACCAGCCAACAGGGGAAGAAAGGGAAGAACGAACCGAAAGCCGAUACCUCGGCUGAAUCUGAAGAGGCUGCUGAAAGAAGCGGUCAGGAGACAAGCAUUGGUGACAACAGCAAUAAAGCAAAAGCCACUGAGAAAGAGCUGGCAGCGAGCGAGCAGAAACGCGAUAGGAAAGAACUGGAUGCAGAGAAAAACCAGCUAGAAAUACCCCCAGUUGAGAUCAUUGAGAAGAAGCCAGUGCCAGAAAAGGUUACGAAAUCCAAAAGAGGAAGGUAUAAAAAUACCAAAACUGUUGUAGAUAAAGCAUCCGUGUGUCUCAAAAAUGUAGAAAUACGCCUCAAUGUGGACGAAGUCAAGGGCGCCUUGCGGCCAACUGAGGAGGAGGCAGAGCCGGUGGCGGUGUCACCGGCCAAAAUUAAGAGCCCCCAGAAAGAGGACAUCUUGUCACCUCAUUUUGCUAAGAGUGAGGUAGAAGAUUCAUUCCCAGAAAUGGAAAAAGAGGUGGUGCGGGAACCAAAGCAGUCCCCCGAAGCUGCCCAGUUAGCAAAACAGAUUGAACUUGAGCAGGCCGUGGAGAAUAUUGCAAAACUCACCGAAACUCCUCCAUCAAUUGCUGCCUACAAAGAGCCGACAGCAGAUGUACCUGAAGUUCGUCAGGAGGAGGAGGGAGAUAAACCUGCGCAUCAAGCUAGUGAAACAGAGCUGGCGGCAGCCAUCGGCUCCAUCAUCAAUGAUAUUUCUGGGGAGACUGAAAGCUUUCCUGCACCCCCGACAUAUCCCGCUGAAUCGGAAGCUGAAAUCCCUGCAGAGCCCUUGGUGUUACCGUCGCCUCGGGAGGAGAUGGAGCCUGAGACUGAUCAGGCAGUGAAUAAUAUCCUAGAAACGGAGGCUGCUGUUGAGCCCACAGUGCAGCCGGUUCCCAGCUCUGCCCCAUCGACAGUAGAGACGGAGAGCAAGGAGGCCGAAGUCAGCUUCAGUGAAUCUUCCAAUUCUGCACAGGAGGCCGAGACCUUGCAGGAGGCUGAAGUUGCUCGGAAGGAAAAGGGCCGUCAGAAAACCACGCGGCAGAGACGCAAAAGGAGCACGGGCAGAAAGGGCGAUGCCGCUGAAGUCAACACCUUUGAGCCGGAGAGGGUGCAGAGCAAGUCGCCCCCCACUAACGAAGUAAAGACAAAACCCGAAGAAGCCUCUAAGGAGGAAAAGCAAACUAAAACAGUGGCUCAGGCGUCCGUGGAGCCAAGCGCUUCUGACACCAGCAAGGCUGCAGCGACUGACAUUGUGGCCGCGCACGAAGCUGUUGCUGAGAGCAGCACCUCACCAAAAGCGCCCGCUCCGGCUCCUCUAGACCUGGCUGCCCCACCAGUUUCCCUCGACGAGGGGAGUCAGAGCGGGUUCAAGAUACGGUCGCCCAUGGAGAACGCGCCCAUCACACCGCCGAGCGCUCCAAAUGCAACCCUUCCUGCUGUCCCUUCGGCAGCGGCCAAGCUGCCCACCCCAGUGCCCGCCACAAUCGUCCCCCUUCACUCUGGUGCUGCCAAAGUGCCAGAGUGGAUGGUGAGGCACGAGGAACCCCGUGCCCGUUCCACGCCCCCACCUGCUCUCCCACCGGACACAAAGGCAUCGGAUAUCAAUACAAACUCCAGCACUUUGAGGAAGAUACUCAUGGAGCCCAAGUAUGUCUCGGCAACAAGCAUAACCUCCACGCACGUGACGACGACGCACGCCGAGCCAGUGAGCGCACCUUGUUUGGAGGAGGCACCCCUCCACCCUGCGGUAGAGGCCAUAAAGCCGGUUUCAGAGGAGAAGCCGGCAGUUCCCGUCACCAACGCCUUGGACCCACCGGUGGCUGAAGCACCGGUGUUCAGUGAGAAGGAAAAGAUAAGUACUGUGAUUGCUCCCAAAGCCACUUCUGUUAUAAGCAGAAUGCCCCACAGCGUGGAUCUGGAGGAGGCUCCAAGGAUCACCUUGGUGAAGCAAGCUCCCCAAACCCAGACGUGUCUUGUCAAUGCCCCGUCGCCGAAAUUUAAGCAGAGGUCAAGCACAAAUGAUAACAGUAGGUUUCAUCCGGGAUCGAUGUCUAUUAUUGAGGAGAGGCCUGUAGAGACUGGGUCCAGUCCAGGGCUGCGAGUGAACACCUCGGAAGGGGUAGUGCUUCUGAGUUACUCGGGGCAAAAGACGGAAGGCCCUCAGCGAAUUAGUGCCAAGAUCAGCCAGAUUCCCCCAGCCAGCGCUGUAGACAUAGAGUUUCAGCAGUCUGUAUCCAAGUCUCAGAUUAAACAAGAACCUAUCACGCCAUCUCAGCCCACGCCGAAAGGCUCCCAGACUUCGGCGGGCUACGGGACUGUUACCACACAUUCUUCUUUGGUACUAGGAUCACAACCUUAUAAUACGUCGCCCGUCAUCUCCUCCGUUAAACAAGAGCGCACUGCGCUGGAGAAGUCUGACUCGUCCCACCUUUCUGUCCAGACUCCAGCAUCUCAGCCUGGUAAAGUCCUCACACAGACUGUAAACACUCCACCCGUACUCGUCCACAACCAGAUGGUUGUGAACAAAAAACUGUCCGAUCCAGCUGCUCUGAAAGUGGAGACCAAGACUCUGCAACCCUCCAACUUGAGUCCUGGAGUUAGUCCUCACCACCCUUCCCUCUCUGGGAAAAUGCAUUCAGAAGCAAACCACGUCAGCUCGGGACCCAGCACCCCAACUGACCGGGCUAUUUCCCACUUGGGGGUCACGAAACAGGAGCCACACUCGCCGCGUACUAGCGGGCACUCGCCGUCGCCAUUCCCCCGCGCUUGUCAUCCCGGCAGUACCUCAUCUCCGGCUUUAUCGAGCAGCACCCCGGUCAUGCUGGCGCCGGGAAUUCCCGUUCCUCAGUACAUAUCCAGCAUGCAUCCUGAGCAAUCUGUUAUCAUGCCUCCUCACAGCGUAACACAGACUGUGUCCCUGGGCCAUCUGUCCCAAGGCGAGGUGAGGAUGAACACCCCUCCUCUCUCCGGCAUCCCUUACGGCAUCCGCCCGGAAGCGCUCCACUCCCCCAGAGCUGCUCUGCAACCCCAGAUAGAGAUCAAACCUCAGCGAUCCAGCACGCCUCAGCCAGCUCCGAUACGAGACAUAGUCAUGCCUUCUCUGUCUUCUCAGCAUCCCCCUGAGGAGGAGAUGCACUACCACCACACCACGGUGUGCCGAGGACCAGCCCCCGUUCAGUCUGACGUGCUGGUGAUGCAGCCGGAUUACCGCAUGCACCCCACGAGCAUCAGGCUUGACCAGUACAACGUCCCCCGGGACGUGAGGAUGAUCAUGCACCCGCACAUGGCCGCUGUGGGUGAGCACCACUCGGAAACGAGACAAUCCCGAACACCUGAAGGGGCUGUGAAAACUCCCCCUGUCAGUAAGACCCCUCAGCCUGGAAAAGAGACGCCAAAAUCCUCUGAAGGCAAGAUGGCGCACUCUCCUCACAGCGAGCCCCGGCUCCUCAGCGUCCCCUCCAGCAGCCAGCUGCCUGGACUGCCUUUGACGCAGCCGGUGGUGGUACCACACGGAGUACAGAUCAUGCACCCCACAGGGAGCUCCUUUCACGAUUAUCGGUCUGUGUAUGGCGACAUGAGGAAUUACCAUACAGCGGCACAGCUCGGGCAUCCUCAGUUCCCAGGUGCCUCGCCCAUUGGGCUGCCUUCCCGGAGCAUGACCCCAUCUCAGGGUCUACCGGAGGGUGAACACUCGCACCCCAGCCAGCCAGUACGCAGCAAGACUCCUCAGAUCCCCCAGGAUCCCAAGGGCCCGCCAGCAGCAGGACCCGAACAGAGUCACCACCCCACUGUAAAUAGGCAUGCGGCACAGAUAGACCCUCACGUCCACCUUCAGAGGGCACAAGCGGACACGGGCCAGACCUCCUACCCUUCGCCUGUUGCCAUUUCGAUGAAACAGGAGCUUCCGUCACCGCACCAACCUCAGGCGGUUCCCAAGCAAUCCAUGUUUAUCCCCACGACAUCGGGUCCCGGGGCCCCGCCGGGGCUGCCCCUCAAUCGCCCGGAGCCACAGUCAGCUCUCAAACAAGAGCCGUCUCCUCACCCCAUUUCGCAGAGACCUGUGGAUAUGGUUCAGCUUCUGACAAAAUACCCGAUUGUCUGGCAGGGCCUUUUGGCUCUAAAAAAUGACACAGCCGCUGUUCAGCUCCACUUCGUCUCCGGUAAUAAUGUCUUAGCGCACCGGUCCCUGCCAGCGCCGGAGGGAGGACCGCCGCUGAGAAUCGCUCAGCGUAUGCGAUUGGAGGCUUCGCAGCUGGAAGGCGUCGCGCGCAGAAUGAUGGUGGAGAGUGAUUACUGCCUAUUACUGGCCUUGCCUUGUGGCCGAGACCAGGAAGAUGUAGUGAAUCAGACUGAGUCACUUAAGGCUGCAUUCAUCAGCUACCUGCAGGCUAAGCAAGCCGCAGGAAUCAUCAACGUUCCCAACCCCGGCUCUAAUCAGCCUGCCUACGUUCUGCAGAUCUUCCCACCCUGCGAAUUUUCAGAAAGCCACCUGUCCCGCCUAGCCCCGGACCUCCUUGCCAGCAUCUCCAACAUCUCUCCUCACCUGAUGAUUGUCAUCGCGUCGGUAUGAGCUGUUUACCGGUUACUGACUUUAUUUUUUUUUUUCCAAGGCCCUGCAGCAAAAAAAAAAAAAAAAAAAAGCCCACAAAAACCACAAAAAAAAUAAUUUUAAAAUAAAAACAAAUAAAAAGAGAGAGAGAAAGUAAUGAAACAAGAAAAUGCUGCCAGACUACCAGCCUCCUGCCCUAACCGGCCUCGAUCAAACUGUUGCUGGGUAGUGGUUCCACUACCUUGUAUGUUUACAUAUUGCUUUAGCUUACGGACAACUGAUGCACUCAGCAGGCGGACUGGUAUUGGGUUUCUGUGCCUCCUUUUGGGGAAAAGAUAAAGGAUGGCUUAUUUUUUUUAACAAAAAAAAAAGGAAAAAAAUAAAAAAGAACCUGAACUGCCUUUGCACUAAAUUAGUGACUCGGACCUUUGCACAGUUGGAGACACGCUGUGACGUUCUGGAUGUCUUGACACACAUUAACACGCGCCGUGGACUAAACGCAGGACCUGGGGACUUCUGCUGAAAUUUGUGGGUCAAGGAUCAUUUCACACAUUAUCUUUUUUAUUUUAUUUUAUUGGUUGUUUUUUUUUCCUUUGGUUUUUUUUUCUUUUUUUUUUUUUUUUUUCUGGAUGUGAACCUUCCUCUCCUCCACUUGCCCCUGCUGCAGCCGUCUUCUCCUCAUCUGGGAUGUACAGUUUACACUGAAAAAAAAAGAAAAUACAAAACAAAAAAAAAUAAACAAAAGGGAGAGCUAUUUUCCUUCCUGGUGGGAUAUGCAGAACUCAGUGGGUGUGUGUAUAUAUAAAUAUAUAUAUAAUAUAUAUAAAUAUAUAUAAUACUGACUUUAAAAAAAAAAGGAAAAAAAAUCAAAUCCCCACAACAUACAUUUUUUUUUAAUCUGUGCCAAAAAUGUGUUUUCAGAGAAAAUCUUAUUUUCAUACUCAGACUUUGUAUUGUCACUCAUUUGUAAGUGCGCUUCAUUUAAACAUGCCCCCCCUCGUCUCAUGAACUGUGGAAGUGUUAUACACUUGUACAAAAGACUUUCGACCCCCCCUCUUCCCCCGCCCCUUUGCCUUCCCUAACACUUAUUAAUUUAUGGAACUGUUUUUUUCUCAGCGCAGUUUUGUUUUGUGUGUCCAUUGGAUUACAAACUUUAUUAAAAAAUACAAAACACCUCG